CAGAUACCGGAAUGUUAAACCUUUUGCCUCGCAAACGAAGGAAAGAAAUUACACUUUGUUAGGCCAGCGGGAUUUAUUUUGCCUUCUGGACAUACCGAGGCUGCUUAGAAGGUGGCCAUUGAAAAAACCAUGCACGGAGGAUUUGGCACUGGCGUCACAUCCAGUGACCAGGAAGGCGAAAGGAGGUUGUUCAUACAUACCAAGGACUUCAAUGAUGCAGAAGAUAUGCACCGAGUAUUAGAGAGACUGGAUGACCCUAAUGAAUAUUCAACGGGACAAAGCUUAUUACGAGGCGGAAGCUUAUUCCCGUCAUGGGCUUUCUCUAAAGAACAAAGUUAGGUUGAAGACAGCCCUAUUUUCAGGAAGGGAGUAACCCCGGCA